UUUCCCUGGCGCUUUCCUCUAUUAGCAUCCCCUCAGCCUUGCCUGCUAUCAGCUCUAGCCAGCUCCUCCAUCCAGGGGCUGCUUCAGGGAGCCCGAGAGCUGCGUGUGUUUUCCUAUGUCUAUACGCCCCUACUACUGCGUGCGUGUGUGCAGGUGCCUCGCUUUGCAACUUGAAAUGGGUCCAGAAGUUUGCAUGAUCUCCCGCUAAGUACAUCCGUGGAGUUGGGUAGCUCUCUGCUCGGUAGAUCCUCUUCUUUCAGGCGCAGGAGGCAGAACACUGGGUUUUUCCCACCUCCUACCCUCUGCUGCGCCGCAGAGUGUUUCUGCCUCAGCUAUAGUUUCCUUCCUCAUUCCCACAUGCACGGUUCAGGCGGCAACCUCGGGAUGCCGGGGUAUCUAUCUGAUUCUUUUUCCUUUUAGUCUAUUUAAGGUAUUUUAAUUGAAUCUGGCUUAGGAAAACAAACCCAAACCAAUACACAAACCCCAAGGCUUCAGGACUAGAUCCGUCUUCCCCCAAACAACAAAUGGUUAAACAAAUAACGAGCUGUCAAAUCAACCAUCACCAAACGAAUAUGCCAAAAAAACAGCGUCAGCGCUGCAGGAAACGGAAAAGUUUCUGCGCACAGAAGCUGGCCCCGGGGUACCGCGCGUAAAAGCAAGAUCCAGGCGCGGGGUGCGGAGCGCGGCUCCAGCCCAGCUGCUGCGGGAUUGGGGCUGCACCGGCGCACCCAGCCCUGCACCCCGGAGCGGCAGCCCUGGAGAUGCUGCUGUGGACUUGGCUCUGUGCUGAGAAACGAAUGGCUUCCGAGCCCCCACCCCCGUCUCCUCCCUCCCUCCUCCGCCCUCCCCCGGGUCCUGCGGGGAGGCGGGUUUAAGGGCCAAGCGAUGUCUGAGGAGCUUUUGUCUGCUAUCCUGUUAAUGUGCUCUGUGUCUUCAUGUGCUGAGAGUUUGUAAAGCCAGGAUCCAUUAGGAAUUUUUAGCACUUUGAGAUACAACAAUGGUGGUGCAUAUGCUGGUCAAGUGGAUUCUAAAAGGGCUUAUUCUGUCUUUUCUGCUCAAAUGUACUCUGUCCCUAAACCCAGAUGAUCCAAAUGUUUGUAGUCAUUGGGAAAGCUAUGCUGUGACAGUCCAGGAGUCUUAUGCUCAUCCUUUUGAUCAGAUCUAUUAUACAAGAUGUACUGACAUACUGAACUGGUUCAAGUGCACCAGACACAGAAUAAGUUAUAAAACAGCCUAUCGAAGAGGACUAAGAACUAUGUAUCGGCGAAGAUCGCAGUGUUGCCCUGGAUAUUACGAAAGUGGAGACUACUGUAUACCACUCUGCACAGAGGAGUGUGUGCAUGGAAGAUGUGUCUCUCCCGACACUUGUCACUGUGAACCAGGAUGGGGAGGUACUGAUUGCUCUAGUGGUUGUGACAGCGACCACUGGGGACCCCACUGCAGCAACCGUUGCCAGUGUCAGAAUGAGGCCCUGUGCAACCCCAUCACCGGGGCCUGUGUGUGUGCAGACGGGUACCGAGGCUGGCGCUGUGAGGAGCUCUGCGACCCUGGCACCUAUGGCAAAGGCUGCCAGCUGGAGUGCCAGUGCCACAACGGAGCCACCUGCGACCACAGGACCGGAGAAUGUCACUGUGCUCCCGGGUACACCGGGGUAUUCUGUGAAGAACGCUGUCCCCCAGGCAGCCACGGAGCUCAGUGUGAGUUGCGCUGCCCAUGCCAGAAUGGAGGAGUCUGCCACCACAUCACUGGAGAGUGCUCCUGUCCUCCUGGAUGGACGGGGCUGGUGUGUGCACAGCCAUGUCCUCCUGGAACAUUUGGAAUUAACUGCAGCCAGGACUGCCCAUGCCACAACGGAGGACACUGUGAUCCCGUGACAGGAAAAUGCAUCUGCACAGCUGGCUAUAUAGGAGACAGGUGUCAAGAAGAGUGUCCUAUUGGGACAUACGGCUUUCAGUGCACACAACGAUGUGACUGCCAAAAUGGUGCAAAGUGUUACCAUGUAAAUGGAGCAUGCAUAUGUGAUCCUGGAUUUAAAGGGAUUUAUUGCCAAGAAAGAAUGUGUCCAGAAGGGUUUUAUGGCCUGAAAUGCAACAAGAAAUGUCCAUGCAAUAUUACCAACACUCUCAGCUGCCAUCCAUUGUCUGGAGAAUGUAGCUGCAAAGCUGGCUGGGCUGGACUCUACUGCAAUGAAACCUGUCCCCUUGGGUACUACGGUGAAGGCUGCCAGCUGACCUGCCCCUGCCAGAACGGUGCAGACUGUGACAGCAUCACGGGGAAGUGUAUGUGUGCGCCGGGAUACAUGGGAGAUGACUGCACCAUUACCUGCAUGGCAGGAACCUAUGGAACCAACUGCUCAUCAGUUUGUAAUUGCAAAAAUGAUGGUGCGUGUUCCCCUGUGGAUGGUCUGUGCUAUUGCAAAGAAGGCUGGCAAGGAGUGGAUUGCUCUAUUCCAUGUUCAAGUGGAAGCUGGGGUCUUAACUGUAACCAGACAUGUUACUGCACAAACGGAGCAGCCUGCAGGCCAGCUGAUGGCUUUUGUCUCUGCUCACCCGGAUGGCAAGGGGAGUACUGUGACCAGCCAUGCCCUGAUGGAACAUAUGGUCUUAAUUGCAGUGAACGUUGUGACUGUAGCCAUGCAGAUGGGUGUGAUCCUGUCACCGGUUACUGCUGCUGUCUUGCAGGCUGGACAGGCAUCCACUGUGACAGUAUCUGCACCCAGGGCCGCUGGGGACCAAACUGCUCCAUCUCCUGUAAUUGUGAGAACGGGGGAUCCUGCUCCCCAGAGGAUGGCACUUGUGAGUGUGCACCAGGAUACAGAGGACCCUUGUGCCAGAGAAUUUGUCCCCCUGGCUUUUUUGGACACCACUGCAGCCAGCCCUGCCCUCAGUGUGUGCACAGCAGCGGGCCUUGUCACCACGUGUCAGGACACUGCGACUGCUUGCCUGGAUUCUUUGGUGCUCUCUGCAACCAAGUCUGUCCCAGUGGAAAAUAUGGGAAGAACUGUGCUGAGGUCUGUCAGUGCACCGAGAACGGGACCUGCAAUCCGAUUGAUGGAGCGUGUCAGUGUUUUCCGGGCUGGAUAGGGCCGGACUGUUCUCAGACUUGUCCCACUGGUUUUUGGGGCCCUGAUUGCUUUCAUUCAUGCAACUGCCACAACGGAGCAAUGUGCAGCCCAUACGAUGGAGAAUGUAGAUGCACUCAUGGUUGGACGGGGCUCUACUGCACUCAGCGUUGCCCAGCUGCUUUUUAUGGGAAAAACUGUGCCAACGUUUGUCAGUGUCAGAACGGAGCAGACUGUGACCACAUCACUGGGCAGUGCACGUGCAGGACGGGAUUUACAGGCAAACAAUGUGAGCAAAAGUGCUCACCGGGAACAUUUGGUUAUGGUUGCAAACAACUGUGUGAAUGCAUGAAUAAUGCUACGUGUGACCAUGUCACAGGUACUUGCUACUGCAGUCCAGGCUUCAAAGGAAUCCGAUGUGACCAAGCGGCUCUUAUGAUGGAAGAAUUAAACCCCUAUACUAAAAUUAGCCCUGCUCUUGGAUCAGAGAGGCACUCAGUGGGAGCAAUCAUUGGAAUUAUUAUUCUCCUUCUAAUUAUUAUGGUCUUGCUGGCACUGUUUGUGUGGUAUCGACGGAAACAGAAGGAGAAGGGCCAUGACAUGCCAAGUGUAUCUUACACCCCAGCCAUGAGGAUGACUAAUACAGAUUACUCACUUUCUGAUGUAUCUCAAGGUAGCGGCAGUGUACAUUGCUUUUCCAAUCCAAGCUACCACACUCUCUCAUGUGGUGUGACUUCACGCUUCUUUACCAGUAAUCUGGAUGGAAACAGCUCCAGUAAGCUCAGUAACAAAACCCUUGACAGAGAAACUGCAGACUGGAGACCCUACAGCUAUCUGAAUGAACUAGGUGCUUGUGGGAUGGAUAGACGUCAGAACACAUACAUAAUGGAAAAAAGCUUCAAAGAUUAUAUGAAAGAAUCUGUGUGCAGCUCCAGCACUUGUUCCCUGAACAGCAGCGAAAACCCAUACGCCACCAUCAAAGACCCCCCCAUUUUAACAUGCAAACACUCCGAGAGCAGCUACGUGGAAAUGAAAUCGCCUGGGCACAGGGAGUCCCCAUAUUCAGAAAUGCCAACUUCAUCGACCGCCAAUAAAAACAUCUAUGAAGUUGAGCCCACUGUCAGCGUGGUCCAAGACGCCCGUGGUCGGAGUGCCAGUUACCUCCAGAAUCCAUAUGACCUGCCUAGGAACAGUCACAUUCCUGGUCACUACGACCUCCUCCCCGUAAGGCACAGCCCAACACACGGGCCAUCUUGGGACAAGCAGUCUUAAAAGGAUGAACUUCACUGGUGCACUGUGCUGCAAUCACAAACUGAGGAAGCAAAAGAGAAGACAAUCCUUUUCUGGGCUGCAGGAUGCUGAUGGGACUUCAGACUGUCUUACACAAGGACCUAACGUAACACAACAUCAGCUUGGGCCAACUGCUGCUGCAUGAUGUUAUUUAUAAAGACAUUUUUAUAUGGGUAACAGGACCUACACAUGACUGGAGUCCAUCACCCCAGGAAGGUGUCUACGUGCUCCAGGCAAAAACUCUCCGUGGCGUGUAUUCUAACCCUGGCUUUGCUGUACAAUAAAACACACAACCAUGCUAAGUAGAAGGACUUAGAGAUGUACAUUUCUACCAACUACAUCAAGAACCCUUUUACUGUUAGGAACAAGGUGACUUGGAACACACUGGGAUAUAUUUUACUUCUUUGUCAUGGAAAUGGACGUUUUUCUGAAUGAAAGCAGGGAACCUUGUCAUUUCACUGUCUGGAAACCCCAUUUGCUGCCAUGACCAUGUGCAACCUGUGCAGAUCACUCUUGGUAACUAGCAUGGAGAUUUUUCUCUUUCUAUUCAGUACCAGGGUCCUUGAGCUGAGGAAUAUUAACACAGACACGGUCUGUGCAGGUUCUAAAAUGUAACAGUUUGGCAAAUGUCCACUGAUCUUUGCUAAUGACUUGAGUUUCAGCAAUGGGCCUCACACCCAGCUUACCACAGAUUUAACAAGGUAUAAAAUACUCCAAUUGGCACAAAUAGGCUUUAAUUUCCCUUAUACAACUUUGAUUUUUGUCAGAUAAAGCCACCAGAGCUGUCAGGCAGUGCAGACUGAUGCACCUUCAUUUCCUGCCCUGGGACGCUGCAGGUUUGCACAGACUAACCCUGGUUUGGUUUCCUUUCCUAAAGGGAAGCCAUAUCCCCUCCUCCAGCCCAUCGUUACCAAUCAUCUCACCAUGAUUCCCUUACAGCAUGCCAUUUAUGACCCUCUUUAAUUUGAUGUGCAUUACCAUGUAGUGCAUCUUUAUCUGCUGAUGAUUCUACCUGAAAUGUCAUUAAAUUGAGCUGAAACUGGG